CAAGCAGAAUAAAAGUCGUCGUAAACGAUUAUUCCAUGAACCAUCAACAACCGCAAUCACAUAGAAAAACUGGCAAAAUGUUCUCAUUUUCCCCUCUUUUACUACCCUUAUUGCUUUUCUGCUUCAGCUUCCUAUAUUCAAUUCAAGGCAGCUACUUCGAUCAAGAAUUUGCUAAGCAGGUACUGAGCUCAGCAAGUAAAGAUAAAGAUUGGUUAGUAUCCAUAAGAAGGAAAAUUCAUGAAUACCCAGAACUGAAAUUUCAAGAAUAUAAUACCAGUGCACUCAUUCGUAGUGAACUCGAUAAGCUUGGGGUUUAUUAUGAAUACCCUUUUGCUAAAACUGGUUUUGUUGCUCAAAUUGGCAAUGGUUCUCCCCCUGUUGUUGCUUUGCGAGCUGAUAUGGAUGCCCUUCCUAUGCAGGAACUUGUUGAAUGGGAACAUAAGAGCAAAAUUAGUGGGAAAAUGCAUGGAUGUGGACACGAUGCUCAUACGACUAUGCUUCUUGGUGCUGCUAAGCUGCUGAAUGAACGGAAGGACAAACUUAAUGGGACCGUGAGACUUGUUUUCCAACCUGCGGAGGAAGGAGGAGCUGGUGCAUAUCAUAUGAUAAAGGAAGGAGCUCUAGGUGGUGCAAAAGUUAUAUUUGGAAUGCAUGUUGAUUUUAAAAGACCUACAGGGAGCAUUGGCACUAGUCCUGGACCCCUUUUAGCUGCUGUUUGCUUCUUUGAAGCAAAAAUAGAAGGAAAAGGUGGGCAUGCUGCACAACCCCAUGAAACUGUGGAUCCAAUACUUGCUGCAUCAUUUGCAAUUGUGGCAUUGCAGCAGCUCAUCUCAAGAGAAGUAGAUCCCUUUCAUAGUCAAGUUCUUUCUGUUACUUAUGUCAGAGGUGGAUCAGCAUCAAAUGUAAUUCCAUCUUAUGUUGAAUUUGGGGGAACUUUGAGGAGUCUUACAACUGAAGGCUUGUUUCAACUUCAAAAGAGGGUGAAAGAGGUAAUUGAAGGACAGGCAGCUGUGCACAGGUGUAAGGCGUACGUUGACAUGAAAGUGGAGGAUUUCCCAGCAUAUCCAGCUUGCACAAAUGAUGAGAGCUUACAUCAACAUGUAGAGAGGGUUGGCAAACUCGUGCUUGGUCCUGAGAACGUCGGGGAAAUUGAAAAGGUUAUGGCAGGUGAGGACUUUGCCUUCUAUCAACAAGUGAUUCCUGGAGUUAUCUUUCAAAUAGGGAUCAGAAAUGAGAAGGUGGGCUCUACCCACGCCCCACACUCCCCUCACUUCUUUCUUGACGAGGAUGUCCUGCCAAUUGGAGCAGCGAUGCACACAGCCAUAGCAGAGAUGUAUCUGACCGAUUACCAACAUUCCACUGCAUUUUAGAUAAUACAUUGUUGUUUGGUGUUCUCUCGAGUUGCAUAAACGUUCCAAUCACUCAUUCAUUCUGCACAUUGUAUAUAAUACGACAUAAAUAAGCAAAUCUAAUACGGUGAUGACCGUCUGUUCAUGUGGUUCA